UUGAUAACUCACCGAAGAACAGUACUCAGAACAGGUGAACAGGCAAUUUUCAUCGUUCUAUGAGUGCUCGUGAUUCUGAUAUCGCUUUUUGCCUCGACCAGUGGAAUUUCCAGUGCGAUCUUCUUCUUCUUCGCUUUUCCAUCCGCGAGCGCGCAGUUUUCAGCGAAAAGCUGCGACAGACGGACGGUUUUGCUCGGCGGUUGAAGUGAGUGAGAAAAAUGGCUGUGUGUGACGUGCGGCCCCUGUAAAUAUUGUGAAUCCUGCGCGAAAAGUGUGUGAAAAGGUGUGAAAAGUGAGCAAAAGUGUGAGAAAAGGCGAGGAAAAAUGGCCACGGAUAAGAUUAAAGUCGCCGUGCGCGUGAGGCCCUUCAAUCGAAGAGAGCUGGAACUGGGCACACAAUGCGUCGUGGAAAUGGAGGGUCAACAGACAAUUUUGCACAAUGUCACGAGUAUGGACAAAAUGGAUAGAAAACAACCAAAGACAUUCGCUUUUGAUCACUGCUUCUUCUCAACGGACUACGAUGCAUCGCAUUUUGCGUCACAAGAAACAGUAUUCGAUUCUGUCGGCAGAGAUAUUUUGGACAAUGCAUUUCAAGGAUACAAUGCCUGCAUUUUUGCGUACGGACAGACUGGAUCUGGAAAGUCGUACACGAUGAUGGGUACGGGUGACAACAAGGGCAUAAUUCCGCGCCUCUGUGAUGAGCUCUUCUACGAGAUCUCGCACCGCCAGACUCCCGAUUUGUCCUACAAAGUGGAGGUGAGCUACAUGGAGAUCUACAAUGAGAAGGUGCACGAUUUGCUGGAUCCGAAGCCCAACAAACAGUCGCUGCGUGUGAGAGAGCACAACGUCCUGGGUCCGUACGUGGACGGACUGUCUCAGCUGGCGGUGACGUCCUUCCUGGACAUCGACAGCCUGAUGGCAGAGGGCAACAAGUCGCGCACAGUGGCGGCCACGAACAUGAAUGCGGAAUCGUCGAGAUCACACGCCGUGUUCUCGGUGGUGCUGACGCAGACGCUGACGGACAGGGAUACGAAUGUGAGUGGCGAGAAGGUGUCCAGGAUGUCUCUGGUGGAUCUGGCGGGCAGCGAGAGGGCGGUGAAGACGGGCGCCGUGGGAGACAGGCUGAAGGAGGGCAGCAACAUUAACAAAUCCCUCACGACGCUGGGCCUUGUGAUAUCGAAAUUGGCUGACCAGUCGAGUGGGAAGACGCGCAAUGACAAGUUCGUGCCGUAUCGUGACUCAGUGCUCACGUGGCUGCUCAAGGACAAUCUCGGUGGGAACUCGAGGACUGUGAUGGUGGCCACAAUCUCCCCAGCUGCCGACAACUACGAGGAGACACUGUCGACGCUGCGCUAUGCUGAUCGGGCGAAGAGAAUUGUCAAUCAUGCCGUGAUCAAUGAGGAUCCGAAUGCGCGCAUCAUUCGCGAGCUGAGGCGCGAGGUGGAGACACUGCGUGAGAUGCUGAAGCACGCCACGGGCUCUCCAGUGGGCGACACACAGCGCGGUGACAUCCAUGACAAGUUGGCUGAGAGUGAGAACCUGAUGAAGCAGAUCUCACAGACGUGGGAGGAGAAGCUGGUGAAGACGGAGCGCAUCCAGAAUGAGCGACAGCAGGCGCUGGAGAAGAUGGGCAUCAGUGUGCAGGCGAGUGGAAUCAUGGUGGAGAAGAACAAGUACUAUCUCGUGAACCUCAACGCCGAUCCGUCGCUCAAUGAGCUGCUGGUGUACUACCUGAAGGAGCGCACGCUCGUGGGCGGCAGGAGUGUGGCGCAGCAGCCGGACAUCCAGCUGCUGGGCCUCGGCAUCCAGCCCGAGCACUGCACCAUCAGCAUCGAGGACGGCGGGCUAUUCAUGGAGCCGAUAAGCAAUGCCAGGUGUUGCGUGAAUGGCGUGCCGGUGGCGGACAAGACGCCGCUGCACAACGGGGACAGAAUUCUCUGGGGCAAUCAUCACUUCUUCAGGGUCAAUUGUCCCAAGGGCGCCAAUCAGGGGGUCAGCAGCGUGGCCUCGGAGCCCCAGACGCCCGCCCAGCCGAUCGAUUACAACUUCGCGCGCGAGGAGCUGAUGCAAAAUGAGCUGAGCAAUGAUCCUAUUCAGACGGCCAUCGCGCAAUUGGAGCGUCAGCACGAAGAGGACAAGCAAGUGGCGCUAGAGAAACAGAGACAGGAGUAUGAGAAGCAGUUCCAACAGCUGCGGAAUAUUCUGUCGCCCAGCACUCCAUACGCUCCAUAUGCUCCUUAUGAUCCGUUGCGGAUGGGCAAGAUAACGCCAUGCACGCCCACGACGCAGAUGAGGAUGGAGAAGUGGGCACAGGAGCGCGAUGAGAUGUUCAGGCGGUCGCUGGGACAGCUGAAGGCGGACAUCAUGCGGGCGAACGCGCUGGUGCAGGAGGCGAACGUGCUGGCCGAGGAGAUGGAGAAGAAGACCAAGUUCAGUGUCACACUGCAGAUUCCGCCGGCCAAUCUCAGUCCGAAUCGUCGGCGUGGGGCGUUUGUGAGCGAGCCGGCGAUUCUGGUGCGUCGCAUGAAUCAGGGCAGUCAGAUUUGGAGCAUGGAGAAGUUGGAGAACAAGCUGAUAGACAUGCGGGAGAUGUAUCAGGAGUUCAAGGAUCGCCCCAUGUCGCUGAUGCCAAUCGAGGAGCCACCAGAAUUAAUUAUGCCAGAUGAUGAUGAAGAGGACGAGAGCAAAAAGGCCAUGGAUCCGUUUUACGAGUCUCAGGAAAACCACAAUCUAAUUGGUGUUGCCAAUAUCUUUCUGGAGGUGUUGUUCCAUGAUGUGAAGCUGGACUAUCACACGCCCAUCAUCAGUCAACAGGGGGAAGUGGCGGGACGGCUGCAGGUGGAAGUGACCCGGAUAGCUGGCCAGAUGCCUCAGGAUCGCAUGUGCGAGACUGGCUCGGACAACUCCUCCGAGGCCAGCCGGGAUGAUGACUACGGUUGCGACCCAAUGGGCAGCCAGAUCACGUGCCGCGUGAGCAUCAAGCAGGCCACUGGUCUGCCCAUCUCCCUGUCCAACUACGUCUUCUGCCAGUACACCUUCUGGGGCCAUCAGGAGACGGUGGUGCCGGUGGUGAACUCUGAGCUGAUCAGCCACAAUGAGAACAACAUUUACAAGUUCGAGCACGUGCAAGACUACACGGUGCAAGUGAGCGAGGAGUUCCUGGAGCACGCGGCUGAGGGGGCGCUAAGCAUUGAGGUGUGGGGCCAUCGGUCGAUGGGCUUCUCGCAGUCCAAGGAGUGGGAAGUAGAGCACAAGGAGGCGAAGGCGCGCAGCCUGGUGGAUCGCUGGGCGGAAUUGUCCAGGAAGAUUGAACUGUGGGUGGAGAUCCACGAGCUGAACGACAAUGGCGAGUACACGCCCGUGGAGGUGGCGAAUCGCAAUGAAGUGUUGACGGGCGGCGUGUAUCAGGUGCGCCAGGGACAGCAGCGGCGGAUUCAAGUGCGCGUGAAGCCGGUGCAGAACUCUGGCACGCUGCCCAUUAUCUGCCAGUCAAUUCUCAGCAUCGCCGUAGGCAGUGUGACGGUGCGAUCGCGCCUGCAGAAGCCCUUGGACUCGUACCAGGAGGAGGAUCUCACUGUGCUGCGUGACAAGUGGAGCGAAGCGCUCGGUCGGCGUCGACAGUAUUUGGACCAGCAGAUCCAGAAGUUGAUCAACAAGGAGGAGAAGUGCGACGAGGAGAAGGAGCGCGAGCUCAGCCUAGUGCAUCAGUGGGUGUCGCUGACGGAGGAGAGGAAUGCCGUGCUGGUGCCGGCGCCGGGCUCUGGUAUCCCAGGAGCGCCCGCCUCGUGGGAUCCGUCACCCGGGAUGGAGCCUCAUGUACCUGUUCUCUUCCUCGACCUCAAUGCCGACGACUUGUCCACGCAGAAUGCCACGGAUGAGCUCUCCGUGGUGGGACUCAAUUCGAUAUUGCCGAAGGAGCACGGAAAUAAAUUCUACACCCUGCAAAUCCUGCAGCAUCUGGACAAAGACAUCUGCGCCAUCGCCAGUUGGGACUCAUCCAUGCACGAUAGCCAAUCGCUUAACCGUGUCACAGAAGCAAAUGAACGAAUCUAUUUAAUAUUGAAAACGACUGUAAGACUGUCACAUCCUGCCCCUAUUAAUUUAGUUUUAAGGAAACGUCUAGCACUGAAUAUAUACAAGAGGCAGAGCCUGACGGAUCGCAUCAAGAAGUUUCGUCUCGGACGCUUUGAUAACACGAUAACACAGACGGGCGUGACGUAUGAGGUUGUCUCCAACAUUCCGAAGGCCAGCGAGGAGCUGGAGGAGCGAGAGUCCCUGGCGCAGAUUGCCGCCAAGGGGGAGGACUGCUCUGCGAGCGACGGGGAGACUUACAUUGAGAAAUACACGAAGGGAGUGUCGGCGGUGGAGAGCAUCCUGACAUUGGACCGUCUCAGGCAGAGUGUGGCAGUGAAGGAGCUGGAGCAGGCUCAGGGACAGCCGCUCUCCAUGCGAAAGACCGUCAGCGUUCCCAAUUUCUCUCAGGCUGUAAAAGAAACUGCAAAUAUUGGUGGCAUUAUGCGCUUCGACACAUCGAUGGAGUCUCUCAUUACCGUUGGUCGUUCGGAAUCAUUUGCUGACUUGAACAAUCCCGAAUAUGGCGUGUCCAGAUCCUUCAUGGCAUCACAGAUUCACCGCGAUCUCCUGUCUCAGACAGCGACAAAUCGUGAUUUUGGCAUGAGGAACCGACACAGUUUCGGCGGAAAGGCAGGAAAUGAAGAAACAAUGACGGGAAGUGGAAAGCCAUUUGGCAUAGGCUCUAUCUUGUCAGCUCGACCGACCUUCCUUAAUCUCAAUCUGAAUCUAAAUUCAUUGAGGUUGCAGCAGCCGACAAAACCAUCGCCAGCCAAUAGUAAACUGGGUGGUUUCCGCAUGACGACCCUUCAUGAGGAACCACUGGGUCAGAAGGCGCUUUUGGAGGAGCCAGAAGACAGCUACAGUGAUCCAGAGUAUGGAGAUUAUGAGUCUUAUGAGGUGAAGACGUCGCAGAAGGUCAAAACCAUGUCUCGAAUGACGGGCUCUCGCACGAUGGACUCUCUCAUGGACAUUGGCAGCUCGUCUGGCCAUCUGAUGAACUUCACCAGCACCUCCACAUCGUCCAACUCCUCCACCACGUCCUCCAACUCGUCAGGAUCUGGCGCCGCUGCGGGCGCGACAGCGCUGAAGAGCGCCGCAGGCGUUGGCACGCCGAGCAUGAGCUCGUCAGCAUCGAGUGGCUACGGAUCUCAGGCGGUUUCCCUGGGGAAUCUCACGAGCGAUGACGCUCUGUCGCUGCGCUCGAUGAGUGUUGACGAGACUCCGGAUCUGGACAGAUCCUCCUCAGCGUCGCCGCCGACGAGAGGCAGCGCCAAGACGGAUGUGACAACGCCCUACACGCCCAGCGGGGGACAGAAGCGCGUCAAUCCCUUCCUGAAAGACAUGGUCGUUGUGGAGCCAACCGAACGGAAACCCCUGACGCCAACCAGAGAGCAUCCGCUGCAAGAUCUCGCCGAGGAGGGCAAGAAUUCCGACGAGGAGGACGACGAAGACUAUCCAAACAAGGUGGACAUAAAUGAGAAUCGCUCGACAAAGGCGAUUUCCCGUGAGGAUGACUCGGGAUCUGAUGGCAGUGGCAAGAGAAGCAACGGCCAAGUGGUGAAGCGGAAGAAGAGUCAGAACACAGUGCAAAACAACUCAAAUAGAGCAUCAUCAGAGACAGAUUCAUCUGAUAAGAUGGAAGACGAGUCGCAAGGCAAGGCGGCUGAUGGAAAUGUUCCAGAUUGGGUUGUCGUGGGCGAGAGCGUCCUUAUUCGUCCCUACAACACCAGCGGAGUUAUUAGUUUCGUCGGUGGCACUCAUUUCCAGGGCGGCACGUGGGUUGGCGUAGAGUUGGACACGCCGACAGGAAAGAAUGACGGCACUGUUCAGGGCAUCACUUACUUCACGUGCAAACCGAAGCACGGCAUUUUCGUGCGAGCUGACAAGUUGAUUUUGGACAAGAGAGGACGCGCCAUGAGAACGUACAAAGCCGAAAAGCUCAAGGGGGAAGAGAAGGCGAAGGGCCGCUCGGACGUGGCCAGCGUCGUGACGGGGCGCAAAUGAUUGUUCCACAAGUGUUCGCACCAGGACAGCCGUGGGACUCCGCCCCGCGUCGUCCGGGUGGCGAGCAGAAGUGCGAGUGCGCCGAGGAGAUUUCAGAACUACUGAACAGGAAAAAAUCCACACUCUAGCGCGAAAAGUCAGUGUUUAACUGCUUGUUGUCUUUUCUCCGUUACAAGAAAAAAAGUAUCACACAAAUUUAUUUUUACAAUCGUGACAGUAUCUUAUGUUUAGUGCAUAUCUUGUUGGGAAGUUUGUAUUAUGAAUUAUUUCACAUUGUCUUUUAUGUGUACGGAAAAGAAACAUCGAAUUGAUGGAUGUUUUGUCUUCUGUGAAAGUGGUUAAAUAUGUAACUGAGGUGCAAUAUUAGUAUUCUGUUUUGGGUUUUUAUAUAUAUCUAAACAAAAAAAAAAGAAUUGUCAGUAUUUUUUCCCCUUUUUGCAAAAUAAUGAUAAAUUGAGAAAGAAAGCAUUCCAUUUCACAUGCACUUUUAGCACUUUAGAUGAUGAAGAAGAGAAAGAAAAAAGAGAGCAAAGAAGUCAUUGAGAGAAGAGAGCAUAUUGAUAUCCUUUUAGAUGAAGAUAAAUGAAAUCUACUUACAAAUCUCUAAGAAAAUGAUGAAAAAUGUCUAUUAUAACGUAUUCUAUACUUCAAAAAUGUUAGCAAGAUUUUUCAUUUGAAUUUCCGCUUCUAAAUGUGUGGGAAGAAAAUCUUUUAAUCAUAGUGUGUAAAGACAUUUUCAAUGAUGAAAAACCUCAUAAGCAAUUUUUACUGCUCAUUCUUUAGAGAGGCGAGAAAGCGAGGCGGGAAGAUAAGGAAGAAAACAUUUAACAAUAGAUCCUGCAAAUGAAAUAAAAAACAAAGAGAAUUGUCCAAAAAAGUAAUAGUGAGGAAGAAAAGACAAAAUAAGUGUGCCAAUUACCAAAAUAUCCACGAGAAAUAUCAUCAAAUUGAGUGAAUUUAGCAGAAGAUGAUUAAUGAAAGACAU